AUGGAUAAUAUUUCAUUAGAAGAUUUUGAACUAGGAUAUUUGCCAGUUGAGGCUUUGAGCUUAUUUCCAAAUAUUACAUUUCUCUCCCUGUCAAAAACUAAGUUAAAAACGGGAUUUGAGGCAUUGGAAAUAUUAAAAAAGCUGCAGCAUAUCUUUUUGGAUGAAAAUGGGAUAGAAGAAUUUCCUAACUUCAGUGAAUUUCCCAAUUUGGAAGAGGUUUCGCUUUCAAAAAAUCGAAUAGCAAAAAUAUCACUCGACUCCUAUAAAAAGAGCGAUGGAAGUGGCUACAUUUCACUUCCAAUCACUCUAAUUCACUUAGACGAGAACCAAAUUGAAACAAUCGAUGAUAACUUUUACGAGGUAUUUCCUAAUUUAGGAGUAUUAAACCUUAAAGCAAAUCGUCUCCAGGAAAGACCUAAAUUCUUGGACAGCUACAACACAGAAGAAGUAACAAUUGACUGUGAAGACAAUCCAUUCCUUAAUAAAUAA